AUAGCCCUCUCCCAUUCCCCAUUUCGAAUGCUUUCCCGAAGAUCUGAAGGUAUCGAUAAAUGACCCCACAGGUGCUGAAUUCCUGUAGUCUAUGCGCUCUGAAGAAGAGGAAAUGUGACAGAGCAUAUCCCGUCUGUUCAAGGUGUUUUCGGUCAAAACGCGAGAAAGAAUGUAUUUAUGAUAACCCAUCGGAUAAAAGGGUGGCCAAGUCUCUUUCUGCUCAACGCUCUGAGCCGGGACCUCUCAGGUCCACUGGCGCCUGCGAAAGAUGCAGAACCAGAAAGCGCGCCUGCGACAGAGAAUAUCCUGCAUGUUCGAGCUGUAAAAGGCUUGGUAUUCCCUGCGAAUAUAAUAAGCCCGCCGCGAGGCAACUCACCCAUGGUCUCAUCACCCAAGCACAACAGGCUCUAUUUGGGCGACGGCUGCUAUCCUCGUCGCAAGGGAUAGACAAUCUACAACUCAUGCCACAGUAUCCGAUUCCUGCGCGCAACCAUUUCCCGUUGCUAAUCCAUCACUACUGCGUGGCCUCCCUCCUACCAGAAAGCCACCGAUUACCCAAUAGCCUCACGACACACCUCCAUACGACGUGGAUGAUCCGCGCAAUGGCAGAUCCCUGUUUAUUCCACGCAACGCUCUUUUGCGCCUCGGCACAUCUUGACCUGCUGCAGGGUAAACCACAUAGCCGCAUGACCGUCUUUCAUCAGUCAUGCGCCAUGAUGGCUCUCCGUGAGCGAUUGAAGGGCGGGAAAAUUAGUUAUGAGACGGCCGCUACAGCUCUUGCGUUGGUUUAUUAUAAUAUGACGGCAUUUGACACUGAAACCGCCCUUAUACACAAGCAAGGUAUAUUGCAAAUGCUGGUGAUAAACAAGGAUAGGGGACCGGACUUCAUGGGCCUUGCAGGCUUGGUGAACCUAAUUCUCCUAGGUGUCGCAGUGGUGAUGAACCAGCAACCGCCGGAAAUUCUGGCAAUUAGCGAUCCGACGGGGUUGUCCCUCUCGACGGUUCAUGUACUUGCGCGCCCAUCAAACCUUCUAAGCGUGGGAUUAAUACGAAGCCGGAAGAGGAAGAGUGGUAUUCUUACAAAUACUAGCAUGGGUCAGCUACAGAAUGUCCUCAACUUUAUUAUCGCAGCUGAAAACCCAUCAUCACGCGCGGACGCACCCCAACAACAGCGUUCCUUGCACCUCAUAAGGCCACCGGAGCCCGCACCGACAGCGCCAGACUUCGGCGCCCCAUCCACUAAGCUCACUACCAUCAAGACUGCGCAAAACAUCAACCAUUGCGUACAUCUUGUAUGCUCCAUAUUCUGGACUCUAGUUCUGCACGGAUUACAACCUGCUGAACCUGAGGUCUCAGAACCAUCACCAUCAUCAUCAUUCACGAGCGACACAGUUCGUAGAAGCCCUCUGCGUGCUCUGCACGGAGUAAUCAGUAAAAUAGACCACAUAUCCUGGCAGAAGCACGCGCCAGAAUUGUAUAUCUGGAUUUGCCUGACCGCUGCCGCAGCAUGCGACACUCCGUCGGCGCGAAUACCCUUCAUUGCAGCAGUCACGCCUAUCGUGAGUGCCUCGGACUCGGCAGACCUCCUUCUUACGAGGGAUAGUUGGCGGUAUUUUGAGUGGUUGGCUGGGUUUCGUUGUCGAAGUUGAGGUAUAGGCCCGAUAUUUCGCAAGUUGGUUUUUUUCCCCUUCUUUUUUUUUUUCCCCUGUCUUUAUUGGACCUUGAUGUACAUACUUCUUCCGUGAUAUACAUCUGGCGGUCAGGAGUGGAAGUUGCCCGGCGUGUCAUUCCUUUAUAUUUCUUUUGUACUGGGUUCAAUUGCUUUCUUGGCUUUCAGGCGUUCGGGGAGGUAGUAGUCGGGCAACAGCCCCCGGCAUAGCUUAAUCAUAGGCAUAAAUAGGCUACAGAGGUAGGAUUACC